CUUUCAAAUGUUCAAGGUCCUGUCGGGCAAUUAUUGCUUGCCAUUAUUCAACUGUGUCUGUUCUCACCGUGUUCAUUUUUGUUCUGGUUCCGCCCUGUCUACAAAGCGUUCCGCAAUGACUCUUCAUUCAACUUCAUGGUUUUCUUCUUCGUGCUGUUUUUCCACUCACUGUUUACUCUCGUGCAAACUCUAGGCGUUUCCUCAUAUGCAUGUGGAUGGAUCAACACAAUUGAGACUUUUGGAGUUUCGAUUCCGAUUGCGUUGAUUAUGUUGCUAUCGGCUCUUUGUUUCACUGCCGCUCUCGUUGGUAUGAUAUACGCGUUGAUUAGAGUGCACAAGUUGUACAGAGGAUCUGGUUUCUCCAUCGAUAAGGCACGCCAGGAGUUCACAAACGGAGUUAUGGCUGACAGAAACGUGCAAGCAGCGGCCACCUGCCAACUCCGCGGCUGCUGUGCGGACUUUCCCCAUCAAGCAACUCAGGGCCGUUUCUAG